AUGAAGAGAGAAAUGCUCUUGUUCCUGGCAUUCCUCUCCUUUCUGUCCCUGUCGCUCGCUGCAUCGCCGACGUCCUUUUGCAAAUGCACCUGCUUCGGCAACAGCACCAUCGUCGCCCUCGACGCCCCCUCGACGGCCUCCAAGCCAACCCUCGCCCUGCGUCCGCGCGCCAGCAAAAAGUCCUGCAGCGACUGCAACCGCCAGUUCUGCCUGGGCUACAGCUUCUGCAAGGGCGAGAAGGAGGACAAGGUCCUCACCACGUGCUUCCAGAGGGACUCGACCAAAGACCAGGUCGUCGUGCUGGUCUUCAUCGCGGCGACGGCAGGGCUGCUGGCCUAUGCAGGCGUGCGGCCGUGGGUGGACCAGUGGAGAGAGCGCCGGAGGAGCUACAUGCCCGUCCCAGGACAGGGGAAUCGGUAG